CGAGGAAGGUUUCUAAGGCCAGCCCGUUAAGUCGGCCUCUGCCCUUAUAUGUCACGGUUUUAGUUCCCUUAUAAGGCCAAAAGUUCCCGAGCAUCUCCCCCAGACGUCAUUGCUGCCCACGGGGGUAUUAACACCGUGCCAUGGUUAGUAGAUGCCCUGAGUCUUGUCCAUCCCACUUGUGUUAAUUAUACCUGCCUGCCUUUCCUCAACAAAAUAUUGAAGGGAGAAAAAUCAACACAUUAAAAUGGUCCAGAGACAGCAGACAUGUCAGGGGUUACUGCAAACAUUUUAGGUGUUAUUUCAGAGAUGUGUUUUGUGUGUGACUAAGUGAUGAAAUGGUUAUCUUGUGCAUGAAUGAAGUGAAUUAAUUUUGUCUACCUCACCUGCUUACUCACCUGGCUGGUCUUUCGCCAAUAGGGCACCAGAGGGGAAAGUCCAAAACCAUAAAAAGGCCAGACAGUAACAUGUCAACAGUUACUACAGACAUGUUAUACUACAUAAGAAUUAGGCACUAAGGUUUUAUUGGAAGGUAUGCCUAAUGCCACAAACUUUAGAAUUACACCCAAUUCAAGGUUUAGCAACAUGGCCAUUAGUAACACAAAAUUAGCAGAACCCUUCAUAAACCUAACUGAUAUUAACCUAUCACUCCAAAUUGUCCAUGAUGAUUGAGUCCUUAAUGCACGACAAAACAAGGCUAAUGGUCCAGGGGUUAGAACGUUAGAACACUUAGGUACAAAUCUGUGGCCCACGUUCAAUCCCAGCCCAGGGCAGUCAACACCCAGCCUACCCAGCUGUUCAUCCCUUGAUAAAGGGGUACCUGUAGAAACCCUGGAAAGGUAAACUGUGGGAUCCUGAGUGUCAUGCUUGCCUUUGUCCUAAGGUAGCAGAUGGAGAUGAGCACCAACACAGUGUUCAGUUACAGCACAUUCUCUUAACUUUACCAUUGACAAAGUUUCAGGCCCAAUCUCCUGCCAGGACAGCGCUCCACAGGGCGGUCAACAAUAUAAUGAUGUUUUCACCUAAAAAAGUAUCCUCGAUGCACAUACUUGUAAUGUGCCUUACCCUAACUUAUCAUCCUGUAAGUUAUCUCUUUCUCUCUACCGUAACACUCAUUGUUCACUAAUGGCAGUCAUCACAGUUAACUCUCUCCACUGAUAGGAUCCUUCACGUCUGACUUACCAGGAUUUCUUUCCAUAUCCUAAUGUCAUUGUUGGCACAGUUUUGAUUGUUUUAGAUCUUCUUUUUUAGCCACAUACUCCCAGUCAAGUGAUUAUAUUCCUGAAGCACAUCACUUAUUUUUUAUUCUACAUUUUAUUUCUUAUCUUCCAUUCCAUACAUAUAUAGGUAUAAGAUUUAAUUACCUUUCUCAUUACUGAUUGCAAUAAUCAAGCAAGCAGACACCUUGUGUGACUUCACUGGUAACAUCGUUCCCUCCUCAACGUGAUGCAGUUUGCUGUUUUGAUAUUCCACACCAUUUGUAUUUAAAACUUGAUCAUCACAUAUUCCUAAAAGGUUCAUAAUACACAUGUAGUCUUAUAGCUUUCAUUGGUUUUGUCAAUACUACAAGUAAUUCCACAGUAAGAGCGGCCAGGAUGUUGCACUACCUCCUUAUCUCCCGUGAUGGCAACGUGCAUUUCUCCCACUACUUCACUCACAUCAAUCCCACCAGCCGCCCUGCCACUGAGGCUCGUGUCAUCGGCAAGUGCCAAGCAGCCGACAAAGAUGCGUGUCAUUUUUUGGAGGAUGGCCAACACUCCCUCGUCUUCCGCUGGUUUGGGCCGUGCAUGUUUGUUGUUGCAGCUGACCAAUCAGAGAAUGAGCUGAUGAUCUAUGAAUUCCUCAGUUUGUAUGUCAGUGCUCUCCAUAAAUAUUUUGGCAAGUUCUCUGAGAAGCACAUCCUCCUCAACAUUGAGCGGCUACACAUGGUUCUUGAGGAGAUGGUGGUGGGGGGAGAGCUGGUUGAGCCCUCCAUCAGGAAUGCCCUCAGUCCCAUACAGAUGCUGGAUGCCAUUUCCUCUAGAUAGUACUUUUUUUUUUUUUUUUUGUGUGUGUGUGUGUGUGUGUGUGUGUGUGUCAAUACAAGUCAUUCAAGUGGUGUCAAACAUAUUAAGUUGUACAUACAAUAUCUAGCUUUAAAUCUACUUUAUACUUGUUCCCUCACUCUAAAGGUACGGAAUGUGAUUUCUACCUCAACCCUAUAAAGACAGACUUCAGUGGGUGUUAAAAGGUGUGGAUUGUUUUCAUAUUUAUUAUGUAAAAUCAUUGCACAGUCUCAUACACAACAGCAGGUACAGCAAUAUGCUUCUCCGAUCUCUUUUACUAUAGGUUUGAUCUGUUACCUCAAGCCCUGGCAUAAAAAAAACUAAUCCAAUAAUUCAUUAAAUUUUGAAAUAUCAUCAAAUAUAUGCAUAUAAUAAGGCAGAGUUGUACGGGCAAAGAAAUCACAGCAACAAUCAUAUUUUUUGUUUACCAUCAGUAGGAUAACCAACCAUUGGGAGUCAAGACUAGACACCUACGGAGGCUCUAUUAGGAGAGUUGAUGUUUCACUGAGUUUGUUUGGAGGCCCAACACAGCAGCCUCCUAAGCAUAUUUCAAUUUUGUGGUGCACAAGGUUUAUCAGUAGCUCUUGGGAAGAUAGAUGGUCAAACAAGCAUUUAUAGCACAAAUCUUCCCAACAAAGCCACCUCCAAAACCUUACUAAUUUCUCCCACUGCAGAAGAUUUUCAAGAGUUGAUUAUCUUUAAUACAUGCAACAAAAAUACCCAUAUGGUGGCUGUUUCUUUCUUCCUUAGACUUCCUCAAGCUGGAUUUGAGUUAAAUGUCAAAUAUGCCAGCAUAUAGAAUUUUCUAUUAUAUGGCAAAAAGCUAUGCAGCUAUACAACAUUUUACAUAAUUUCAGGGUUGUCAGUCAUUUACAUUCUUCUUUUAAAUGGAUAUUAUGUAUCAUCUUUUCUGUUACAAAUAACCUUGUUAAAGACUGAAGAAUUAGGGGACAUGUUUGGACAGAGGGGAAAAAAUGCUUAAACAAUGAAGAGGUAUGGCUUUCCAAACAUGUAAUACUACUCUACAGGUCAAAUAUGAAGGUGGUGGGAGUAAUGAAAAUGUACAAUUUCUAGAAGCUUAUGAUAUGCCGGGGCAGCACAAGAACAGUGACACAGGAAACAGGGAGUCAUGAACCCUCACUUUGAAAGAGGAGGGACCAACAUAGAUAUUGGCCUCUUCACUUUUUUCAUACAAGCUGUAAAAAUAUAGGGUAUGCUAUAAAUAUAAGGCAUAAGAAUGAGGACUACGCAUAACAGCAAAUGUUAUGAGCAAGGAGACAGCAGAGAAAUAUAUGGUUAUGCUGCAAUACAUGUUGACUGAUUGAUUUGGUAUAACAACUUUUUUUCUCUUUAUAAAACUGUACAUAAGAAACAAGACAAAAAACAAUAUUUAAACAGUAAAACUGUAAAUACCUGAA